AUGGGUAGCAAGCCUGUGACGAGAUGGCCCGGCGCCGACCAGCAAGACCCAGAGCCCGACGAUAGCGGAGUAAGUCUUCGGUCUCCAACUCCUCCAGAAUCCGGCAAUGGUGAUAACUCCACUAUACGAAUUUGUCCAAAUUGGAUGUUUCCAGUCGCCUUGGUGCUGAUGGUAGCAAUUGUUGCAUAUUUCGUGCUCAGAAGUGUUAAACCUGAAUCCGGGACGAAUGUGAGUUCGACGCAACCACAAACCUCAUAUCUGCCAAGGUGGGCAGGCAAUUCGAGAUUUCGAACUACUGUGAAGUCACCGACACAACAAAUUUCACAUGUACCAACAUGUACGGACAACUUGCCUUUUGGAUGCGUUCCGAGUACUACUGCCCGAUAG